AUGGCUGUCCCCGACAAGUUCACAGGCUUCCAGUCCCCCAGCGCUGGCAGCUGGCUCGAGUUUGAAAAGAACUCAUGGGAGCCCAGACCCUUUGGCGACUACGACGUCGACAUCAAGACCGAAUGCUGCGGUGUCUGCGCCAGUGACCGUCACACCAUCAGCGGUGACUGGGGCGACUGCCCGUACCCUCUGGCCGUCGGACACGAAGUCGUCGGCAAGGUCGUGCGUGUCGGCCCCAAAGUCACUCUCGCCAAGGUCGGCCAGCGAGUCGGUGUUGGUGCCCAGGUCUGGUCUUGCUUGGAGUGCCGCCAGUGCAAGAACGAGAACGAGACGUACUGCAAGCACCAGAUUGAUGCCUAUGGCGCCCCUUAUCUUGAUACCGGAUUCACCACCCAGGGAGGAUACUCUUCUCACUCUAGAAUCCACGAGUACUGGACAUACCCUAUUCCAGAUGCUCUGGAGAGCGCCGACGUAGCUCCCAUGCUAUGCGCCGGCAUCACCGUCUACAGCCCCCUGAAACGCUUCGGCGCCGGACCAGGCAAAAAGGUCGGCAUCGUGGGCAUCGGCGGCCUGGGCCACUACGGCGUCAUCUUCGCCAAGGCUCUGGGCGCCGAAGUCUGGGCCAUCUCUCGAACUCGCGCCAAGGAGGCAGAUGCCCGCAAGAUGGGAGCCGACGGUUUCCUGGCCACCUCUGAGAAGGACUGGACCAAGGGCCACGAGAUGACCUUUGACCUCAUCGUCAACACCGCAAACUCCUUUGAUGGCUUCGCCCUCAGCGAGUACCUCAGCCUGCUCGACAUCCACGGCCGAUGGAACUCGGUCGGUCUCCCCGGAGGCGAGGGCAUGUCUAUCCGAAACCAGGACUUCCUCGCCAACGGCUGCUUCAUCGGCAGCUCACAUCUGGGCAGCCGCAAGGAGAUGCUGGAGAUGCUGGAUCUGGCCGCCACCAAGGGCCUUCACUCCUGGGUGGAGAAGAUUCCCAUCUCCAAGGAGGGACUGCAGACGGCUAUGAACAAGCUGGGAGAUUCGAGCGUGCGGGCUUCUUCUUCUCCUCCCCCCUUCUCCUCCUCCUCAUCCUCCCCAAUCUCUCUCUCCCUCACCCUCCGCUUCGCUCGUCCCGCCUCUCGCUCGGAAAUCACCGCCGUCGGCAUCUCCCCCUCCUCAACCAUCGCCUACGCAAUUUACGCCGGUGCCCAGACCGACCAGCCCUGGAUCGAUACCUUUGAUCUCCGCUCCCAAACGAGCUACUCCAAAAUCAUCGGCUGCGUGGCCGCCUUUUCGCCAAAAGUCUACUCGUCGCCUUCUUCUCCGUCUCGUCUUCGCAUCAGCACAGUCACAUCAAGAUCGACUCUAGCCUCAGCUUCAACUUCAACUUCAGCAUCAUCUUCAUCCUCCGCCCUCCCUCGCAUCGCAACCCUCUCCGCCACGCUCAUCAUCCGCGACUUCUCCUCCUCCAAGCCCAUCCUCGAGCUCAGAGACGUCGCCUCCCCCAUCGCCUGGUCCCCCGACGGCCGCUCCAUCGCCGCCGCCGAGCCCCGCCACCGCGUCGGCGUGUGGGACGUCCGCACCGGGACCCGCACCGGCCGCGUCCCGGGCCACAUCGACGCCGUGACGCACGUCGCCUUCACGCCGGACGGGCACCUCGUCACCACUUCUCGCGACGGCACGCUCCGCGUCACCAACCCUUCCACGAUGAAGACGCUCUACAAGCUCGAGAUUGAGUCCUCGUCAACCAAUCCGCGUGACUUGGCCGUCUCGCCCGAUGGCAGCACCAUUGUCUCCAUCUGGGGCACCACCGUGCACAUCUGGAUGCCCCAGCACGGCCAGCUUACAUCAUAUGGCCUCUCCAGCACGCGUCCCUGUGAAGGCUGGCCGCUCUGCAUCUCCCCCGACUGCCGCUACAUUGCCUCCUGGACCGAGGAAGGCUUCGACAUUAUGGACGUGGCUUCUGGCGCGGUUAUCUGCACUAAAGAGGGAGGGCCGUUGGUCACGUCUGCGGCCUUUUCUACUGACAGCAAGACACUUGUUUUGGGUAGAAUGAGCGGCGACGUGGAAGUUUGGAAUGUUUUGAAUAAGGCGGAUUUGAAUUAG